AUGAACAAAAAAUUCCUAAGAAGAAGAGAAGUCAAAGAGAAGACCAAAAUGACAGUGUUCAAAACUAUAUUCAGACCUAUUUUGACCUACGGUUGUGAGGCAUGGAACACCACACGAAAUAUGAGAAGUAAGUUGCAGGCGGUGGAAAUGAAGUUCCUGAGAGGAGUGAAGGGAUUUACGAGUAGCAAUAGAAGGAGAAAUGAAGACAUAAGAGGAGAACUUGGAGUGAUAUCACUAGAACAAUUCGUGGGACAGAGGCAAUUGGGAUGGUGGGGACACUUACAUCGAAUGAAGAAGGAGAGGCCAGUAAGACAAAUAUGGGAGGCCAAAACAGAUGCAAAACCAAGAAGAGGAAGACCACAACACACUUGGGAGAACAUGAUAGAGAAGGAGAUCACAAAGAGGGAAAAAAGUGUCAGAGAGGCCAUUUCGAUUACUUCAAACAGGAUUGAAUGGAAGAAUUUUAUUUAG